AUGUGGUGGAUGCUGUUUCCACGUUGGAUCUGGUUCCUGGCCAGCGUGUGGAUGGAGGUCCAAGUUGGGGCUGUGCCCCAUGUGGCUUACUCCCAUGCGGGGAUGUGUCCUAACGACAUGAACCCCAACCUGUGGGUGGAUGCCAUGAGCACUUGCACUAGAGAGUGUCGAUCUGAUCAGGAGUGUGAAUCCUUUGAGAAGUGUUGCCAAAAUGUGUGUGGGAAUCGUAGCUGCGUGGCAUCGAGAUACAUGGUCGGCGACAAAGGCCCUGUGGGGAUGCCCCAGGAAGCUACCUGUGCCACCUUCAUGUGCACCCAGCAAGGGUCCCAGUGCGACAUCUGGGACGGUCAGCCAGUGUGCAAAUGCCGCGAUCGCUGCGAGAGGGAGCCCCAGUUCACGUGCGCGUCAGACGGCAUGACGUACUACAACAGGUGCUACAUGGAUGCCGAGGCGUGCUCCAAGGGCAUCAGCCUCUCCGUUGUCACCUGUCGCUUCCACCUCACAUGGCAGAGCACCAGCCCGGCGUUGCCCCUGGUAACCACUCUCCACCCGACGACAGCCCCCUUACAGGUGACUAUACCGCCCCCAGCCGAGCCUCAGGCGCCUGUUGUCCUCAGCGUCCCGCUUCUCCAGACUAUAAACGUGGGCGACACGGCUAGCUUCCUGUGUGAUGUCAGCGGUGGCCCCCCACCUGAGAUCACCUGGGAGAAACGGCUUCCUGAUGGCGUCCAGAGCGUGGUCAUGGGGCGCAAUCACGUACAAGGUAACAUGGUGGUUACAAAUGUAGGUCAACUGGUUAUCUACAACGCUGAAAUACACGACUCUGGCGUCUACACAUGCACGGCUAGGAACCCUUCCGGCUCAGUGCAGACCCACCACCCUCUCAAUGUACUCCCCACGGAGCCACCCAGAGCCCCAGAUGCUAACAACUUGAGCCGGUGCCCCCCUGAGGAGUGCCUAAAGCCCCCUGAUAGUUCUGAGGACUGUGGAAGCGAAGUGGAGAUAGUGAGCUGGUUCUACGAAGCCCAAAACAACAACUGUCUCUCCUUUACCCACUGCCACAGCAGCGGGCACCAGCGUAGGAAGCUGUUUGAGUCCUAUAAUGAGUGUAUGCACUGCUGUGGACCGGAGCUGUCAAGCCCCUGCGACCUACCGAGUCUGCAGGGUCCUUGUAAAGCCUACGAGCCACGCUGGUCCUACAGCAGCAGUCUGCAACAAUGCCAGUCUUUCAUCUAUGGAGGAUGUGCGGGCAAUGACAACAAUUUUGAAUCCAAAGAAGCCUGUGAGGAGAUGUGCCCCUUCCCCAAAAACCACCACUGCAAAGCCUGCAAGCCGAGAGGCAAGAUCGUGACCAGUUUCUGCCGCAGCGACUUCGUCAUUCUGGGUCGCAUGACCGAACUCACGGAGGAAAAAGACUCAGGUCAUGCUCUCGUGACAGUGGAGGAGAUCCUCAAAGAUGAGAAGAUGGGUCUCCGUUUUUUUGGUAAGGAGCCUCUGGAAGUCACUUUCCUCAACAUGGACUGGAGCUGCCCCUGCCCGAAUAUCACUGGCGCCGCCGCCGAGGGUCAGGUUAUUAUUAUGGGCAACGUCAGCGAGGGUAUGGCUAUUCUGCAGCCGCACAGCUACGUGGGGGCUUCCAGUCCUCGCCGUGUACGGAAGCUGAGGGAGGUCAUCUCCAAGAACACGUGUGACAUUCUCAAAGCCAUCACCAACAGUCCUCAGUGA